CUUAAAAAUAAAGUUGACAGCACUGGUCUCAAAUCAGUCAAAAAUCAGUGUGAAAGAUGUCAAAUUGUCAACUAUAUAUGUACAAAAAAAAAAACAAAUCGGGUGUUAUUUUGCUAAUUUGAGAAAAUUAACAUAUUAAAAUGUCUCAAGACGACGCAAAUUCGUCUACGGCCGAAGUAUCUUUAAAACAAAUUUUCGAUGAAGCCAUGAAACUGUAUGACAAGAUAGAAAACGGCAACGAAGCUACAAAUAGCGACCCGGUGCAAAUGAGUAUAAAGUCUGCAAUAUCAAAGUUUGAGAAAGCUACAAAUUUGGUAUCUCUAUCGGGGAUGUUUAGUAAAAAUGAAACCCUUGAAGAACUGCCUACAGAGACAUUACAGUAUCUACUGCUGCCUGCGUUACUCGGAACUCUCACUUUGAAGCUGUGCAGUAAGUCUCGGAAGGAUGUUAUCAAUGUUGCAGAUAUAUAUUUUAAAGACUUUCUUCAAAGGUGUAAAGAUUAUGGUGUGACUGAUGUUGAAGUGCCGCAGACUACUAACAAUGAAAACUCUAUCAGACCACGGAAUGAACAAGAAAAGAUUGCUAGUAUGGUUCAAACAAGAGAAGCAAAAAUAAAUAGGUAUAAAGAGAUGAAGGAAUUGAAAGAUAAACUAGCAACACUGUCAAAAGCAAUGUCGUCACCCAACGUAGAUGAUGACACAAAGAGAGAGUACUUUACCACACUUUUGUUGAACUAUGUCAACCAGGCACUCGACGAGAUUAAUAGUAUUGAACAGGAGAGACCUAUAUUGGAGUACAUGGCGAAACAUGCUGGGGAGGCGAAGCCCAACAAGGCGCGGGCUCCGACGCUAAAACCGGUUAUCAUAACCCGCGACGCGGUGCAGAAGGCGGUGUUCGGCGCCGGCUACCCGUCGCUGCCGACCCUCACCAUAGAAGAGUUCUACGACAAGAGAGUGAGAGAUGGACUGUUUCCAAGUGCGGGUACCAACAUACCGCACACAACGAUUCAAACUGCAGAGGCCAACGCGGAUGACGCCGAAGAAGUUAGAAAAGAACAAUUGGUUGAAAACGAUGAUUCAGAGGAAUUGGCGCGACAACGUAAUAUGGAUGAGUACAAGGAUGACCACCGUAGGGGAUGGGGCAACAGAUACAACAGAAGCUAAUACGAAUUGCCACAGAUAAUCAAUACACCGAAGAUAAUAAAUAUUGGUAUAUAUAUACAGAUAAUAAAUACAUUGGUCUAUCUACAACGUUUUAUGCAUUGACGAUCUAAUUUUUAUCCCAAGCUGUACUACUAACUGACUAAUAAAAUGUUGUCGUUC